AUGGCAAGACCUUGUGCGAAAUUGAAGGAAAUCAAUGAAAGUAAGGAACUCUGGAAAAUCGCGGUCAGAAUCCAUCACAAAUGGACAGUUUUAUCAAAGACCAAAGAGCACUUCGAACUAAUUCUGGUUGAUAAAGAGGGUACUGAUAUUCACUGCAGAGUACCAAGUGCGCUUAAACAUACUUAUGAUUAUGUUUUAACGGUUAACAACACAUAUACCAUCUCAAAUUUCCAAGUUACUUUGAAUGAUCUUAUGUUCAAGCCUUCCCACCAUAAAUAUAUCUUAACUUUCACUGGUGGUACUUCUGUAUCUGACAAGAACAAACACGACAUACCACAAAAACCACUUAUCUUCACUCCUUUUGGUGAUAUCCUUACCAACAAGGGAAAUAGGGAUGUGUUGAAUGAUAUCACAGGAAUCGUUGUGGAAAUUGGAUACACCCAGAUGCACAAUUCGAACAAAAAACAGCAGAUCAAUUUGGUCCUUAAGGAUUUGGGAAACAACAUCCUUAAUUGCAAAUAUCCUUUAUUUGUUUCCAACACAUUCAGCGUUACCAAAUUGCACAUCAACGAUGAUCUCCCUAAAAUCCUUCCAAAAGGGCAGAAGACAAUUGGUGUAAAGUGGGUUUACAAGACAAAGCUGAAGGAGAGUGGUGAGGUUGACAAACACAAGGCACAAUUGGUCGCUAAGGGCUACAAAGCAGGAUUUUGGUGUUGA